AUGCAUGUUGCAGUCUCGCACUUACAGAAAUGGAAUACCUGGAUCAGUUUAAGCUGUAGCAAAGGUCUCUACGCAGCAAUGUCGUCAAACAAUACAAGGGCCGUUUGCAUCAGUGCCAGUGGUGCUGCACUCGCCACCAUAUCGAUGAGUACUGGUUCGAAGGCAAGCGCGACGGCGCGUGGCCCAACGCAAGCAGGUAUCGUAACUGGUUACACGAAAUUCCAUAUUGUUGAAGAUCCCGAUACUUGGGCAUCUAUCCUGACAGCAUAUAACUCUACCAUCCCACAGUUCUAUGCUUGGAACCCUUCUAAUAAGAUCUCUGUAGGGAGCAAUUGCGAGAACGUGUGGUCUGGCUACGCGCUUUGUGUUGCUGGAGGCCCUUCUUGAUGUUGGAAGGAAUAGUAUGGAGUGUUGAAUGGGAUAGGAAGGGUCAUUUAAGAAGGCCUAUACUAGCUGCUAAGGUCUAGCGUUUGCCCUGAUCCCUUAUUCGAAUAUCAUUCUGAUCAGGACUAGUUUGAUGUGUAUGUGCAUAUGAGAAAGCUCAGGGGAGUGGCGAGGACGCUC